GCGGCGGAGGCUGCCAGCUACUCAGCUCCUCCGCGUCGCUGCGCUCCCGGAAGCCGGAUUGCCGCGCGGGUCCUGUCAGUGCAAGCAACGCGAGACCGCUUCUCGCCGCUUGCGGAGAGCACCGAGCAGCCCGGCCUGUGUGCGGCGGCGACUCCCGGGAGCGGACCGGGCAGCGGAGGACCAUGGCAGAGACAACCGCCGCUCCGACUUCUGAAUGGGACUCGGAAUGCCUUGCAUCUCUGCAGCCUCUUCCUCUUCCUACACCUCCAGCAACAAAUGAGGCACACCUGCAGACCGCAGCCAUCUCCCUGUGGACAGUGGUGGCUGCUGUGCAGGCCAUAGAGAGGAAGGUGGAGGUCCACAGCCGGCGACUGCUCCACCUAGAAGGCAGGACAGGGACAGCAGAGAAGAAACUAGCCAGCUGUGAAAAGACAGUGACUGAGCUUGGGAACCAGCUGGAUGGCAAGUGGGCCGUACUGGGGACCCUGCUGCAGGAGUAUGGGCUGCUUCAGCGGCGGCUGGAGAACCUGGAGAACUUGUUGAGGAACAGGAACUUCUGGAUCCUGCGGCUGCCCCCAGGUAUUAAAGGAGAUAUCCCAAAGGUGCCUGUGGCAUUUGAUGAUGUCUCCAUCUACUUUUCCACUCCAGAGUGGGAAAAAUUAGAAGAAUGGCAGAAAGAACUUUACAAGAAUAUCAUGAAAGGCAACUACGAGUCUCUCAUCUCCAUGGAUUAUGCCAUGAAUCAGCCUGAUGUCUUAUCUCAGAUUCAACCAGAAGAACACAGUACAGAUGACCAACCAAGGCCAGAGGCAAGUGAGAUUCCGGCAGACGCCAGUGAAGAGCCUGGCCUUUCAACCUCAGAUAUUCUGUCUUGGAUUAAACAAGAAGAAGAGCCUCAGGUUGGAGUCCCCCAGGAGUCCAAAGAGAGCGACCUGUACAAAGGCUCCUAUGCCGACGAAGAACUUGUCAUCAAAGCUGAAGACCUGGCUAGAGCCUCCUUGUGUCCUGAAGUUCCCGCAGCCUUCUCGGCCCCGCCACCACCAGCAGCCAAGGAUGCUUUUGCAGAUGUAGCUUUCAAAAGCCAGCAAUGUACUCCCAUGACACCUUUUGGACGCACAGCCACUGACCUGCCUGAGGCCUCAGAGGGACAAGUGACCUUUACUCAGUUAGGAAGCUACCCACUCCCACCUCCAGUUGGAGAGCAGGUGUUCUCAUGCCACCAUUGUGGCAAGACUCUCAACCAAGACAUGUUAAUGACACAUCAAUGUAGCCACACUGCUGAGCACCCCUUAACCUGUGCCCAGUGUCCCAAGCACUUUGCCCCACAGGUGGACCUCGGUAGCACCUCCCAGGACCAUGCCAGUGAAACACCACCCACCUGCCCUCACUGCGCCCGGACCUUCACUCACCCCUCACGACUUACUUACCAUCUUCGGGUCCACAACAGCACUGAGCGCCCCUUCCUCUGUCCUGAUUGUCCCAAGCGCUUCGCUGACCAGGCUCGACUCACCAGCCAUCGGCGUGCUCAUGCAAGUGAGAGGCCUUUCCGUUGCCCACAGUGUGGUCGUAGCUUUAGCCUGAAAAUCAGUCUCCUGCUGCACCAGAGGGGACAUGCGCAGGAGCGCCCAUUCUCUUGUCCUCAGUGUGGCAUUGACUUCAAUGGCCAUUCUGCCCUGAUUCGUCACCAGAUGAUCCACACAGGCGAACGGCCCUACCCUUGUACAGACUGCAGCAAGAGCUUCAUGCGUAAGGAACACUUGCUAAACCACCGGAGGCUGCACACAGGUGAGCGGCCUUUCCAGUGUCCACACUGUGGCAAGAGCUUCAUCCGCAAACACCACCUCAUAAAGCACCAGCGCAUCCACACGGGCGAGCGGCCCUACCCCUGCGCCCUGUGUGGAAGGAGCUUCCGCUACAAGCAGACACUCAAGGACCACCUGCGGACAGGUCACAGUGGAGGCUGUGCGGGUGAUAGGGACCCUUCUGCACAGCCACCAGACCCACCUGGUCCACUCUUAACUGCCCUGGAAACCUCUGGUCUAGGUGUUAGCACUGAAGGUCUAGAAUCUAGUCAGUGGUAUGGGGAAGGGAAUGGAGGCGUGGUUUUGUAGAUCUGUGGCCCAUUGGUUAUUUAUGUUCACAGCAGAGCAGAAGGUCCAGGAGAAAGCCUACAAGCUCCACAACCCAUAGUAAUUAUUGUAUGUUACAUAAAGGAAUUUGGGGGUCUACACUCAACUAGAGACAUGCUUGUGCAAGUCCACAACAGUACAAGAAUACCAUAUUUUGAAAACUGGAAGAGAAUCCAGCAUCCGUGUCUUUUCAUAUACCACAAAUGCAGAGUUUGGGCAGCAAGAUUUGUCUUCUGAUCAUUCUGUCAGGAUAGCAGAGAGUAGACUGCCUCUAGAUAGAGACGAGCUGGAAAGAGCCCCCAGACCUCAAAGCCAUCUUUCUCUAAUUCCUCAGUGAUGAGGUGACUGUUGGGGAAUGUGCUUUAGUUGCCUGUUAGGUGCCUGUCUCAAACUAGCUAAGCUCUCUUCAUACCUGUAUAGUCACCUUUCCCUGAAACAUGGUGACUGGGGCUGCCUGCCUAGGCCUAGAUUCUGUCGGCUAAUACGUUUUGUUUAGUGUUGGCAAAAAAGAAAUCUGACUUUGAUAGCUUAUUUAAGGGGACAGUUCCUAGCUUUCAUUAGCUUGAUUUGAAACAUUCAGACUCUUGUAGCAGCUUUUAAAGAGGAUAGAGAACUUUGCCACAGCCCUGGUUAGAAAUGGAGGAGACUUCUCUCUUCAGGUUUAAGAGCUAAAGAUUCCAGAGAUCUCAGGCACAACAGUGAUAGCAUGGCCUAAAAAUCUGCCUGAAUCAUGAAUUUAGAGUCAUUUAUAUCUAUGUAUCUCUUUUCUUUUCCAAGCAGGCGAUCUUGUUUUUCCAUUUCUGGUGUUUGAUUUUCUUUCUCUCUCUCUCUCUUGAGACAGGGUCUUACUAUAUAUCCUGGCCCGGAAUUUGCUUCAUAGACCAGUCUAGCCUUGCACUCAUAGAGCUCUGCCUGCCUCUGCCUCUUGUUCUGGGUGCACCACCAUGCCCAACCUGAUUUUCUUUACAAUGCUCACAGCACUUCAGAAAGUGCUUUUGUUCCUUCAGUAGUCUGACAACAGUGGUGUAACGUGAUGCUCUUGAGAGGAUGGCUUUCCUGCCUGUCCUACCUCACUGGUCAUGAACAGAGUGAGGCCCCUCUUCAAUCCUGAGAGUGAGACAUCGUAUCUGUCUGACCUGUCAUGCUGUUUUUUAGACAGGGCUUCACUGUGUAGCCAGGCUGGAACUCGGAGAUCUGCCUGUCUCCACAUCUAGAGUGCUAAGAUUAAAAGCAUGUACUAUCAUGCUUAGCCAUCUGUUGUACUUUGAGGUGUCAUAGCUACCAUGCCUUCUUUUCUUGGCCCCUCUUAGUCAUCUGAAAGCAUCUAAACCUACUUCUGUUCCUAAAUGUUCGUGCAACCAGGUGUGUGUCCUCUUCCGUUUUCAGCUCUCACAUUUUUAUCACCAAAAUGAAGCUGUUAAAAGGUGAGUGUAAGCCAGGCAGUGGUGGCGCUCACCUUUAAUCCCAGCACCCGGGAGGCAAGACAGGCGGAUGUCUGUGAGUUUGAGGUCAGCCUGGUCUACAAGAGCUAGUACCAGGACAGGAUCCAAAGCCACAGAGAAACCCUGUGUCAAACAAACAAACAAACAAAAAACAAAAAGGUGAGUGUACUGGUAAAAAUAAAAGGCCACAGGUCCCCAAGUGGUGGCAGCAGGCAUGAGACCACAGCAGCCCACAGCAGCGGGCCACAAAGGCAGCCAGAUCCCAGGCAAGGAGCCACAUGGCGGGUGAGAGACUGAGACGGAUAGGCACACCAUGCAGAGUGAGGCUGGAUAUUUAUUUAGUGGGUUAUGGAAGGGAAGGGAAAGAGGAGAAGGAGAAAGAGCUGAGAGAAAGGUAGAGAGAAAGAGGAAAGAAACAGAGAGGGGAGAAUGGAGCUGCCUCUUUGGGAGAGAGAUGGGAGGAAGGGCUCAGACUGGAAACAGAAGGAAGAUUGGCCUGCCUCAAAAGUGGACAGGGGAGGGAAUGGACGGGGCUUGUCUCUUAAAGGGACAGGACAGACCAUUACAGUGAGCCUCUAGAAACUUUUUACAAAGAAAGAAGAAUCUUGUGAUAAAGUUCUCCUCUGCCAAAAUUCUGUCCUUCAUUUGGCUUCUGUCCAGACAAAGCCAAAUGAGGCAAGAAAACAAAAGCAGAGAAACUCAUGUAGAAACUUGGUGGAAAUCAGCUUGUCUUGUUGUUUUGCUCUUAGUGGGUCCUGAAGUAGAAGAUGGAGAAUGUAGAAACCAUGUAUUUGGGACAGGAAGCUGUUUAUUCCCACACCCCUCAUUCCCCCAGAGUCUUCUAUGUUGUCUAGAAGGAGAUCUAGAGCUGUUCAGACAGAAUACUUUCUGGAUAAGGAAGGGAAUGCUUUCUCCUUGUUACUAGGCCCUGCAACCACAGUAGGAAAUGGUAUUUACCUAGGUACUGUACUCCUGGCAAAGUUCUGCCUGAACAUGCUGCUCUUCAGGAUAAUCACAUAUAUAAAACAUUGUUUUGUGACAUUAAUAAUACCAAGAAUCCCAGGAGACAUAAGUGUGUGUGAAACCUGGUUUGCUGUCAUAACUUUCAGCCUGUAGGCAGUGAAAAUCUCCCAGGGAUAGACAAGACAUGAUGGCAGUACUGUGGUCUAUUGGGAAAAAGCCAGAAUCUGGACCAUCCCACAGGAAAACUCGGAAAUCCUGAAAUCCCCUAAUCAGGUUCCAGCUUCAUUAAUGACUCACUAGGGACUUGACUAUGUGGUUUGCACCUGAAAAAGAAGAAAUCAAGGCAUUCUCAGGGUGAGGGAAGUGUUUGCUAGAGCUGAAGAGGAGACGCUUGCUGAAACUGCUGUGGGGCUAGACAACAUCUAAAGUUCGUCUGAACUCAGCAGAUUUACCGAGGACACAAAAGCCAAUGAGAGGUCUGUGUACCAGAGUGCUGCCAAUGGACCCCAGUGCCUGUUCUGUUAGGCGCUGUAGCCAGCAGGGAUCUAAACUGGCCAAAAGAGAAUAGAGUUCCAAUACCAGCCAAACAUUGGAAGCAUGUGGAAUCAAUCCCAAUCCUUAAUCUGGCUCAAAAUAGGAUCUUCAGCUCUUGGUUUUUUGUUUUUCGAGACAGAGCUUCUCUGUGUAACAGUCCUGACUGUCCUGGACUUCAUUCUGCAGACCAGACUGGCCUAGAACUCACAGAGAUCUGCCUAUCUCUGCCUCCCAAGUGCUGGGAUUAAAGGUGCUCCACCACUACCAGUAACUUCAGCUACUGUAUAGUCAAUUCUUUCCAUUCACCAAUCUCCUCUCUAGUAGAACCCAUUUGUCAACAAUUCAAAUGUAGCUCAUUGGAAAAUGUAAAGUCCAACAAAUUUUCAGCAAGUAGAAUCUCUGUCUACCUGGUGUCUAAAACUAAAGAGAUCUAGUGCUCAUGUGACAGCUUGUGACUGUAGGGAAGAGGAAACCCCAGAAGUGUCCCCUGGAUGAUGGAGCAGCUCUUCCUCAGAGUUCAUCCAGGAGUUGGCUCUAACAAGAUCUCUUUACUUACUAGAGGUUUUUGGUUUUUUUUGUCAGCACUGGAUGAGCCUCUGCUUCAGUCACAGAUAAGAAAUCAAUGUAAGUUGGUUAAUUGUUUAGAACGUAGAAGAUGAUUGAUCCCUUCCUAUUUGGUAUUUGAUAAAACACCUCAGUCAUUAUCUCCAGGGAGAGCCAUGCUCUACAUCAUUUCUUUCAUUAAUAAACUCUACAAAAUUUCUGGAAGGGGCUUCCCUAGGCUUCUCUUGAGAUGGUAUCUAUAGCUAUCUCAGCAAAUACUAUCUCAGUCUCAAAAAGUCUCACUGGAAAAAAAAAGUACCUAAGUUCCUUUCAUUUCAAUGGGUUGGAAAUCCCAAGUUUAUAUCAUAUUUCUUGAAAGGGACAAGUCAUCCCUUCCCUCUUCUUAUGGCUUAGCUCCUUAGAUAACAAAACACCUUCUGCAGUUGCCUGAGUAGCAAUGAGGCAUUUUCAGAUGAGAACCUGACAUUAAUAGAUACAUAUACAUAUCUAUUUGGACAGAUACACACACACACACACACACACACAUUGGUUUUUUGAGACAGGGUUUCUUUAUGUAGCCUUGGCUGUCCUGGAACUUGCUCUGUAGAUCAAGCUGAUCUUGAACUCAGAGAUCGUCCUGCCUCUGCCUCCCAAAUUCUUGGGAUUAAAGUCAUGCACCAUUAGAUGGAUAUUUUGGACUGCUCAGCUCACUCUGGUUCUCUGUAGCAAAGGGGCAGUCUCUUAUCAUAUGGGGUGAAUACAACAGGCUGUUAUUUGGCAAGGUUCAGGUUUCUAUAAGGAAGAUAAUUAGUUCAAAAUUAGGCACUGGGGUGAUAACUCAAUAAAGUGCUUGCUAUACAAGCAUGAGUACCUGAGUCUAAUCCCUAGAACUCGUGAAAAAGCUAGAAUCAAUGCUUGAAUCCUAGCACUGGGGAGGGCUUGGCUGGCUUCUUGUCAGCCUAGCCUCAUUGGUAAGCCUCAGGUCACUGAGAGACCCUGUCUCAAAGAACAAAGUCAGUGGCUCCUGAACCAUGACUUCCUAAGUCCUCUAGUCUCCACACAAGGUCAGAAUGAUUGGGGGUGGGGUUAAGGAGUGUGUAGGGACUUAAUGCUCAUCCUCAUUAGUACAGUAUUAAUGACUAGGAGCAGAGCUUCUCGUGGCAGACCUAGAUUCAAGCCUCAAGUAAUAUAUUAUCUUCUGAAGACUUUGUUUCUUUAUAAGGUAUUGUAAUAUGUUUUGUAUCUCAGUGGUGUUAGAGCUUAAGAACUCACAACAUAACAUUUUACAGAACCAACCUGAAAAAGGUGGUCACGAAGCCAGGCCGAACUAGAAGUGGCAAGUGUUAAGAACCAAGGUUUGGCCAGGUGUGAUGGCUCACACCUGUUACCCCAGCACUUGGGAAUCUGGGGCAAGAAGAUUGCUGAGAAUUCAAGGUCAGUCUAGGCUACAUAGGAAAACCCUGUUUUUAAAAAAGAGGGGAGGACAAGAAGGGCCCAGAGAGAUAACUGUGUAAGAGCACUGGGUGCUUUUUCAGAGGACUUGUAUUCGGUUCCCAGCACCCCCAUGGUGGCUAUAAUUUUAACUCCAGUUUCAAGGGAUCUCAUGCCCUCUUCUGGCUUCUGCACUCUGCAGACACCAGACAUGCAUGUGGUGUGUGUGUGUGUGUGUGUGUAUGCACAUGUAGGCCAAACACUAAUACACAUAAAAACAAACAUCUUUAAAAAAAAAAAAAAAGGCUGCUCCACAGAAGUACAAGACUCCUGGCUGGUUCAGCCUUUUGCUGCCAUCUUUUUUCAUAAAUUUAGUAUGAACUCUUACUGAUUAUUUUCUAUACAUACCACCACAUAAGUUUCUAAUGCCACAAUCCCAUAUGGCUCUGAUUCCCUCUCCAUUUUUCUUCUUUUUCCUCAUUCUCUUUAAAACAUUUCUUUAGAUUUUAUUUUAUGUGUCAGUGUUUUGCCUACAUGUAUGUAUGUGCAUUAUGUGCACGCCUUGUUCCCGCAGAGGUCAGAAGAGAGUGCCACAUUUCCUAAAAUUGGAAUUAUGAAUGAUUGCAAGCCACUGUGUGGGUGCUGGGAAUUGAACCUGGGCCCUCUGCAAGUGCAGCAAGUGCUCUAAACCACUGUUUAAAACAAAGAAUUUUAGGGUGGUGGUGGUGCACACCUUUAAUCCCAGAACUCUGGAAACAGGUAGGUGGGUCUCUGAGUUCAAGGCUAACCUGGUCAGAAGGGCUAGUUCCAGGACAGCCAAGGCUACACAAAAAAUCCCUAUCUUAAAAAAAAAUUUAAGUGUUCUUUUAAAUAUUUCUCAGUUUUUUUGUUUAGAUUCUAUAAUUGGGAACUCUGGCCCAGUUCUUCCCAUGCUCAUCCUAAACCAGCAGUACAAUUCCUCUGGCCCCUGCACCAGCAUCUGUGAACCUCGGAAAUGUGCUCAGGAAUGAAGAAUAUAGCAGUUCGGUGUUGCAGGGUGGGAGGGUUCUGUUUAAUACCUAUUGAGGUUUCUUCAACUACUUCUGUUUCACAGACACUAUCGUAAUUCCAAUGCAUGGUGUCUUUGCUCAAAAUACCUGGAAGAUGCUAUUUGUCUUGUGAAGGAGUCAUUUGUCACUUGAAAUCAAGGAAAGGAGAGGUGUUACCCUGCUCUGACCCUGCUCCUGUUUUGUGUGCUUCUUUAUUGAAGACAAAAGUCUCUCAGUGGAACCCAUUGCCUCAAACUCACAAUCUUGUCUCAGCUUCCCUGGUGAAGGGAUUACAGAUGAGUGCCACCAUGCCUGCUCUUCAGUCCCCGCUCUCUACACUACUUCCUUUUUCUUUUUACUUUUUUGAGACAGGGUUUCAUGUAUCCCAGGACAUCUAUAAACCUUGUGUGUAGCCUAGAUUUCUUUGAACCUCUGAUCCUCCUGCCUCUUCUUGGUUUUAUGGAGCUAGGGAUCAAACCCAGAUCUUUGUGCAUGUUAGGCAAGCACUCUACCAACUGAGCUACAUCCCCAGCCUCUUCUUCAUUUUAUAGAACUGACCACAGUCACAGACAUAUGAUGGAUUUGGUCAAUUAAAUGUACCCUUCAUAUCAUGCCUAAGAUCACACAAGGAAGGCAGAAUAAUACAGUCUCAUCAGAACAGCCUCAGAAACAGUGAUUUUGAAGUUACAUUCCAAAUAAAGGGCUUGAUAAAACCUCACUGAACUAUGUGAGUUUGUGCUUAUUAGUAAAACAGUAUUUAUUUAUUUAUAACAAAACCUUUAAAUUGUUGUAGGGCUUGAGUUUAGGAGUUAUGGUUUAGGAGUUAAGAGCACUUGCUGCUCUUGCAGAGGACCAGAGCUUUGUUCCCAGCGUCCAUGUUGGGUCCUCAUAACCACCUGUAACAAUAGCGCCCAUGCUGCAACUUUUGCAAGGAACUGGUUUGUUCCGAGACAGGGUUUCUCUGGGUAGUCCUGGCACUGGCUCUGUAGACCAGACUGGCUUUGGACUCAGAGAUUCACCUGCCUCUGCCUCCAGGGUAUUAGGAUUAAAGGUGUGCGCCACCACUGCCCAGCAAGAAAACUGUUUUAAAAGACAUAGUCUCAUGUAGCCCAGCAUGGUCUUGAACUUGACAUAUAACCAAGGAUGGCCUUGAAUUCCUGAUCUUUCUGUCUUCACAUUCCAAGCUCAGAGAUUGCAGACCUUUAUUACCAUAUCAUAUCCCUCAUACAAAAUAUUCAUAAAUAUAAAUAAAUAUAUGGAGAAUGACAAGUCAGGAAGAUAGCAGACACAUUUCUGGAGACUUGGUUUUGUUUAACCAAGCAGAAUUCAAAAUUCAGGAUGUACGUGAGUUAAUAUAUGCCAAUCAGGUUUUGGCUUCAAGUUUAUAAUUUUAAAUAAUUAAAAAUAG